AUGUUAUUUCAUUUUUGUCAAAGGAUAAAGUCAAUUAAGACUGCACCAUUUAUCAAUCCUUUUUCAGGAAAUAAGACAAAUAAUGUAGGUCCUAUUCAACGAUUUACAUUCCUAAAAGCAAGUCUGUUGGUUUAUUCAACAAAAGCAAAUGAGGAAAAGAAAGAAAAUGUAGAAGAAAAAGAUGAAUCCAAGGUGUCAGAGACAGAGAUAUACGGCGUCGAAAUUGAUAAUCAGCUGGAGAGAAAUACUUCUCUGUACCAAACCCCCACUUUAAUAAACACCGAACUUAUUUACGUAUUCGUUGAUAAUUCUAAUGCUUUUAUUGAAGGAAAAUAUGCAAUUGCUGAACUUGAGAAUUUGGGCACAUUUGAUAACAAAAGGCAUUCUCUAUGUUUUAACCAGUUUCGUAUCGAUCAUGGUAAACUUCUUGCAACGAUCCAAGGUGAUCGUAAGUUGGGUGAUGCACCAGUAAUUGUUGGGUCACGCCCGUCACCUAAUGAUUCACUUUGGAGGAGUGUUCGGGAACAGGGAUACAACGUAAUGGUAUACGAUCGAAACAUUGAAAAUCGUGAUGUAGCAUUAGCACAUACUAUUGAUAAAGUAAUUUUCACUAAAAGUCCCGGUAUAUUGGCGUUAGUCUCUGGAAAUAGUGACUAUGACCCAAUAGUAACAACUGCCCUCAAAUGUAAUUGGAUAGUUGAAACAUGGUUCUGGAAUAUGG